AUGGACUCGAAGGGCCGUCCCGAGCACUCUCCUUCCCCUCAACUUUGUUCCCCUGACGCGGACGAACAAAGCGCUGAACGUCUCACUGGCGACAGUGUAUCGGAUACCGAAAUCCCACGUCGGCGCUGGUGCCGCACGUCGUUCCAGUCAUCCGAUGUCGACGCGAUGCCGUGGCUCGGGUGGCUGUUCGUCUACGCUUUCGCCCUCUUCUUCUUUUCCAUCAGUCGGUGUCUCGCUCUACCGGCGCUGCUCGACAUGUACGGAAGCCCGAAGGACAACACUGUGGUGGUCAAAGUGUUGGCGCUGAGCGUUGGCUUCCUGGAAGACGUCGUCUGUGCCACUUAUUUUGCAACGGCACUGUGGCUCUUUGACACGGUCCGACGCUCGUUGGCAAAGCGCGCUUGGGCAUCGAAUGGAAUGGCAAUCAAAAUGGCUGGAGCAACAACAGCGUUUGUGGUCUCGUGGCUGUUGUGUUUCGCUGCGGUGGCCCCACCCGUCGUGGACCUGAUGCUCGUCCUGUACAAGCAUAUGAGGUUCUCGUUUGGCUUGUCGGCUACUUUGUUUCGAGAGAGAGACAAUCUCAAAGCUGCUCCGAUUUCUACCCAGGAAGUCUACGCGGCUUACGGGACUGCGGGGUUCCUCGUUGUCAUCGCCACCUUCUUUGCGCUUGUGCGUGUGCUAAGUAGCUGGGCUGACCUAGCAAUGUGGAAUCCGACGCACCUUCUGCAAGCGCCAGUGCGUUUCAUGAACUCGAAAGCCAGUGAGAAGACUGCAGUAGCGAAAUCGGCACGGGGCGUGAAGUAUGAAGUGGUGGCUCUAGAGGAUGGACGUCUUGAUAGCCCUGCCGAUGCAGAGACCACCGAAACCGUCUCGCCAUCGAGUGGUGAAAACGUGCAACGAAGAGCUAAGUGCUACUAUGCUCUGCGAGCUACUACCGUUGUCGUGGGACUUGUGGUUCUCCCGUCGAUGGUAAUGGUACUUUGUAGUGCGUGCUCCCCUCUCGUCGCAUAUGUAGCGCUAAAUGCAACGCUGAACGAGCUGUUUAGACAGGCGUUUCAGCCUUCCCUCCAAUACGUGGAGCCUGCAAGUGUCAAUGUCGAUCAGCCGUGGACAGAGAAAUACAUCGAUGCCACCGAGCUGCAUGAGCUUUACGGAAACAACACAUUGUACCGACGCACUUCGGGCUUCCAAGGUGACCUGGCGUUCAACGUCAGUGUCGAUGCCGCCGAUCCGCCGAACGUGCUGAUCAUUGCAGUCGAGUCGUUUCGGUUUCGCGAUUCGCGCUAUCUCGUGGGCGAAGAGGACCCGUCGGGCUUGUUCAAGGGCACAAACAUGACGAUCACUCCGAACUUUGAUCGAUGGGCAAGACGCGGCGUGGCGCUACGCAAUAUUUGGUCGAGUCGUCCCACAAGUCGCUCGUUGGAAAGUAUCCUGUUUGCACAGGUCCCUUACCAAAGCAAUUUUAAGACUGGCAUUACUGGAGGAAGGAAGGACACGAAGCUCUCAGGCAUGCCGCAGCUGUUUGUCGAGAAAGGGUAUGAGACGUUUUUCACCACAGGCUCUUCCAUCUCCCUGGACAGCUGGGCCAUCUUUCUUCCGAGCCAUGGCUUUGGUACCGUGUGGGAAGUCACGAAAAUGAAAGCGUUGGCAGAGCAAAAGCUCGGUAUCCGUCACGGUGACUGGAAUGGUGCAGAGACUCGAGCACUGCGCUGGGGUGUACAUGACGAUGUCAGUUUUAAGCUUCUGGGCGACUUGUUUGUGGAAAAGAAGCAAGAACAGAGAGAGAGGUUGGCCCGAGGAGAGCCAAAGAAGCCUUUGUUUUUGACACACUACACUAUCUCGAGCCACGAUCCGUACGAGUCAUGGCCAAAAUGGUAUGAGGAUGCCGACAAGCCUGAUUUUUCCAAGUUCUACGAAGGAGAGAAGCAUGCCAACCAAAUCGAGAGGUACAUGAAGGUGAGGUACUUUACCGACAUGGAAUUGGGUAAAUUCAUGGACCGUAUGGAGACGGAGGGUAUACUCAACGACACUAUCGUUGUCAUCGUUGGGGACCACGGUCAAGGACCUGAGGGUGAUUUUGCAAAAAAAAUGGAGGAGUCGAUGACACGCGUGCCAGCUGCAAUCAUUGCUGAAGGCCGACUGGGUCAUGAUGUGGGGACUGUGAUUGACGACACUGCAGAGCAUUACGACCUUCUCAAUACGCUUGCCGAUAUCACGGGAUUGCCAGAAGGAGGGUUGCAGCAAGAUGGCGUCGGGCGAUCUCUCAAACGCAAGUUUCUUACUGAUAAACGAGCAGUGUAUAGCAACGACCCUUCGCAAAAAAUGGCGAUUGUCCGCGGUCACCAGCGUCUCCGAUAUGACGAAGUUGGCGAGGUGAUGAUGCUGCACGACACCGAGACGGACUAUAACAUGACUACGGAUUUACUGCCAGGCCUGACUGCUGAGGAGCGGGCUGAAUGGAUCGCUAUGCGAGACGAUGGUCGUCGCAUUGCUGCUUACUACAACAAGCGCUGGGAUGGGGAUUGCUUGCUUGCUGUCGAUUGCAACCCCUGA